UCUGAUGAAGAAGAAGCCUUGCAUGCUUCAGAUACUGCAUUUGAAGAGGUCAUUGAUCCUAUUUUAAGAGAAGCAGAUCUGAACAAUGAUGGAUUUAUUGAUUACUUGGAAUACAAAAAGCACGGAGAAAGAAACCUCUAA